CACGCCAUACUUUUGUAGUUACUGGAAAAGGUGCUUUCGCUUUUGUUUUCAUUUCCAUCAUAAUUUUGUGAUGGCAGAGAACAUCAAUCGUAGGUUUCUGACAGAAUUUGUGGAACAGGUAGAACCGACUGAUUUGGUUGACUACUUCUCAUUGUUUAAAGAUGAUGAUGUUUAUAAAAUUGAACAGUUGCAAAAGAAUGGCGAAAGGGAAGCAGCCUGCCGAUUGUUUUUAAAGCUGAUUUUACCAGAAGAUGAUUGUGAGGCGCGAGAGGAUAACAUAAGUAAGCUGCUGUAUGCCCUCAAAGAGGAAGGUUACAAGAGGGUGUUGGACGAUCAUGGAGAAGCUGUUGGCGAAGAUCAGGCUGCUAUCACAGAAUUUUUGGAAUUUUUAAUAAGUGUGACAAAACCGGAGUUGAUGAAUGAAAUAGACGCAGCGUCUCUGAUCCCGAUUUUAUUGAGCAAAGGCUACAUCAGCGUGAAAGAUCAACAGUACCUGAACUCACUGCAGGUCGGUGACAGGUCUGAGGCAUGUAAGGAACUAGUCAGAAGAAUCAAGAAAAAACACAAAGACUGGGCCGUGGCGUUGUUUGAUGCUUUAAAGGAGACACAACCAAACCUGCUGACAAAGAUUGACCCCGGGGCAAGCAAUGAUGAGCUUGUGCAGAAGGGUAUAUUGCCUUCUCCAGAAAACUAUCCAGCGGAAGAACCGGACUCUGAGGAAGAAUACAAUUCCGACUUGGAAAAAUAUGACACAGAGGAAAGUGAGAAAUCAGUUAGAAGGAAGAAAGUACCCGAAAUGAGGCUGCGUUCUUACCAGUUAGAACUGGCGGAGAUAGCCCUCAGUGAUCGUAACACAAUCAUAUGUGCCCAAACAGGGACAGGAAAGACAUGGGUCGCUCUGCACAUCACCAAAGAGCACCUGUUAAAGAACCCUCAGGGGCGAGUCGUUUUCCUUGCGAGGACGAACGCACUUGUGGCACAACAGUACAACCUUUUCCAAAAGUAUUUACCGGACAGAAAGGUCUAUCACCUCCACACCGCCACGAAGGAGUGUUUAGGAAUGCAUCUGAUCGUUAACGACUACCAGGUGUUUUUCCUGACUCCACAAAUCCUGCUGAACAACAUCAGUAAUAAGCGAAUCAGUCUGACAGAUAUAACUCUUCUAAUUCUGGACGAAUGCCAUCACACUAGGAAGAAGGAACCCUACAAUAACGUCAUGAAGUAUUAUCUAGCCACGAAAAGAAAUGGGGAAACGGUACCACAGGUUGUUGGUCUGACGGCAACUAUUGGAGUGGGAGAUUCCAGCACAGAGGACGGUGCUUUACAACACAUGCUAAGAAUCUGUGCCAAUCUCGACACCUUAGAUAUCUCAACAGUCACGAAAAACUUAGAAGAGUUUCAACAACAUGUAGCUGUCCCUAAAAGAGAGACAAUAAAGAUGGGCGAAAAAGAAAAAGAUGCCUUGAAGGCAUUGAUAUUGAAGAACAUAUCACACAUUGAGACGUACCUCGACACAACAGAGGUGACAAACAACAAGGCUUUGCAGAAAAUGUGGUUGAAGAAACCCGUGAAAAAGGACGGUAAACGCUACCAGAAGUGGACAGUUCAUUUCAGGAAUAAAGUGUCAUGCAAACUGAGGAGCAACAAGCAACUGGUGCGGGUAAUCCACGCCGCCAUGACACACUUGGCAGCUUAUAAUGAAGCACUUGAUGUCAAUUAUUUGAUGAACAAAGAACAUGUCACUGAGCACCUGGAAAAGAAAUUCGAGGAGGAUUUUAAAUCUUUAGAUAAUGCAAGCGAAAAAGAAAGAGAGUUUCUUCAGAUGAUUAUCGAGUUUUGCAAAAAGGUUAAUGAAAUGGAAAUCGAGAUGAACCCGUACCUGAGGUUGAUGAGAGAUAAGGUAGUGGAGCUGGUUGAAGAAUACAAGGAGAUAAAAGGAAUGGUUUUUGUACAGACAAGGGCGACCGCAUUCGCUUUGGCACUGUACCUAACACAGGAACUGGGAUUACUAGGAAACGGAGGGUUGCGGGCGGCUCCGUUUACAGGGACCAACUCAUCAGAAACCAGUCGGGGUAUGCCUGAUAGCCAAAAGAAUGAAACAUUGGAGAACUUUCGGAAAGGGAAUGUUAACAUACUGGUGGCAACCUCUGUUGGCAGUGAAGGAAUCGAUGUUCCGGAUUGUAACUUCAUCAUUACCUACAACUACACCGGAAACGAGGCCAGCGUAAUCCAGAUGAGUGGUCGAGCUCGCCAAACAGAUUCCACUGUUGCGCACAUUUCAGACCAAGCGAUCCAAAAGCGCGAGGAAAUUAGUCUACAGAAAGAGAGACUGAUGCAAGAAGCUUUUCGACGACUAAACUCUAUGCUUCCAGAGGAUCGAACACGUAAAAUCCUCAAAUACCAAGAGGAGAUACGCAACGCAGGUAAUCCUUACUCCCCGGAUGAGAGCAUAAAAACGAAAGCAUCGUUCCGGUUGAUAUGUUUCAAAUGCCACAAAGAGGCUGUAAAUAGCGAAGAUAUAAGAAUAUAUGUCGGUCAACACCGAGUGGUGACGAAUCCCGACUUCCGAUCUCGCUGUGAGUUUGACAUCAGCACAACGCCUUCAAGAUACACCAUUUCGAUCAUAAAGUGCAUGGAUUGCAAGCUAAAGUGGGGCACAACCUUCAGGAUUGAUCAGCUGGAAGUUCCGGUGUUAAAAGUGACAGCGUUUCUAUUCACAAUGGGGGGAGAAGAAGGCCGAAGGUUCAAAAAGUGGGGCAGAGUGGAUUCCCACAUUGAAAGCAUUAACAAAACCGAGCUGUUGGAGAUGUACAAAGAAAAUACAGAUGUACAGGAAGAUGGAGACUAAUGAUUUUACUGAAAGGAAGUUCCAUGCCCAUAUUAUUGAAAUAGUGGUAGCAUAUUUUCAUCACUACCUUUAACUUUGAUUUGCGUGUUAUCAGUUUACUAUUUCUUUAACAAAUAGAACAUGAACAGGAUUUAUUUCAGUACUUCACUUUUAUUUGGAAUUGACACAAUAAAAUCCUUUAUGAU